ACCAAAGGGAUGGCAUAAAGCUUCUUUGGCCGACAUAACAUGAUUUUAUAGAGCAUAGGUCGCUAUCAUACAAACUACAUAUAAUACAUUGGGAAACAAGAAAAAAAGAUCUUUUUUUUUUCUUGAUUUUUAACCAUCUAGGAGACCUAACUGGUUCUUUUUCUGUGCCAGAGAAGGUGAAUUCUGAGGGUGUGGGAAAGCAUGUCUUACCAAAGGGCUGAGAGAUUGGGUUACAUGAGUCUUGAUGAAGAGAUGGCAGAUACGAUGGAUGAAUUUGAAGAGGUAUUCUACAAUGAGGACACAAACCUUGAUGACUUUGAGAUGGUAACAGAAGGGACAGAUACAUCCGCUGCACAAGCAAGGAAAGGCAAAGAUAUACAAGGUAUCCCAUGGGAGAGAUUGAAUAUAACGAGGCAAAGCUACAGAUUGACAAGGCUCGAACAAUACAGGAAUUAUGAGAACAUACCUUUGUCAGGAGAUGCUGUAGAUAAGGAAUGCAAACAGGUGAAGAAAGGUGGCAACUUCUAUGACUUCUUUUACAAUACAAGAUUAGUGAAGCCUACCAUACUUCAUUUUCAGCUAAGGAACUUGGUUUGGGCUACUUCAAAACAUGAUGUGUAUCUUAUAUCGAACUACUCACUUAUGCACUGGUCAUCCAUUUCCAACAACUUAACUGAAGUCCUUGAUUUCUCUGGACAUAUAGCACCGUCAGAGAAACAUGCAGGAAGUUUGUUAGAAGGUCUAACACAAACACAGAUCAGCACAAUGGCAGUGAAGAAUCGCUUUGUUGUCGCAGGGGGAUUCCAAGGGGAACUCGUUUGUAAGUGUUUGGACAAGCCAGGUAUAAGCUUCUGCGCAAGGACCACUUAUGAGGAUAAUGCUAUUACAAAUGCUGUCGAGAUAUAUGAUAGCUUGAGCGGUGGGCUUCAUUUUAUGGCUGCUAAUAAUGAUUGUGGUGUGAGAGAGUAUGACAUGGAGAAAUUUCAGCUUAUGAACUACUUCCGGUUCCCUUGGCCAGUGAACCAUACUUCAAUGAGCCCAGAUAGCAAGAUUCUUACUGUUGUUGGAGAUGAUCUCACUGGCUUACUUGUCGAUUCUCAAAAUGGAAAGACGGUUGGCUCGAUUGUUGGUCAUCUAGACUACUCUUUCGCGUCUGCCUGGCACCCUGAUUGCCGUACCUUUGCAACUGGGAAUCAAGACAAAACCUGCCGAAUUUGGGACAUGAGAAACCUGUCAUCACCUACAGCAGUGCUGAAAGGAAACAUGGGUGCUGUCCGAUCUAUUCGUUACUCAUCAGAUGGGCGAUUCUUGGUAGUAGCUGAACCUGCAGAUUUUGUCCACAUUUACAAUGCUGAAGGAGAGUACAAGAAACGUCAAGAAAUUGACAUGUUUGGCGAGAUAUCUGGUGUAUCUCUGAGUCCAGAUGAUGAAUCUCUUUAUAUCGGAAUCUGGGAUCGAACAUAUGCAAGCUUGCUCCAAUACAACCGAAGGCGUUCUUCCGUAUAUGUUGAUUUGUUCACAUAAACCUACUGAUGGUCUGUUUCUUCACCGCGGGCCGGUGUACCGGAGAAAAUAGGUUUCCUCAUAGGUGAUGAGAUGAAAUCAUGUUGAACUUAGAAACUUGGCUCAGUUUUUGGUCCUUAGUAUACCAUGUACAGUGUCCUUAAGAAAAAAGCCUUAUAUACAGAGCCUUAUUUCUAGUAUAGUCAGA